GAUGAGCCCCGAGUAGGAAUUCCGCGUUUGAUGACCGUUCAAAUCGAUUUUUCCAUGUCAGACACUCGAUUUUUUUUCUCAGUUCCCAGUUGUUUGAACGGACUGAUGUCGAGAUCUCCAAAUUCCCCGUUUCGAGUUCCUAGCGUAUUUCAUCGCAGCUGUCGGGAAUGUCAGAUGUUGUCAUAGCUAGUUUUGAAUGUUGAUUCAUAAUUCCACAUAAGAUUGAAAGGUAAAAUUAUAAAAGAUGCCGAGGGUCCCAGCAGUCCUUGAAUAUGAAACACUGACCGAGUGUAAAUACAGCUUCCCUGUUGAAGUUGUCAGUGAUAUCAAGAAUGUUACAGCGACUUAUGGAGACCUGCGUAUGUAUGUGGACUUCUACUGUUUCCCCAAUAAGGAAAAGAAGAAGUUAGUUUAUUUGGCUGGUACUAUUCCAGUUCCACAUGACGCAGGUAACACAUAUAAUAUCCCAGUGUGCAUCUGGCUCCACGAGACUCACCCCCAGAGCCGGCCGCGGUGCUACGUGUGUCCCUCCAUCUCCAUGUUGAUCAACCCCAGGUGCCCAUAUGUUGAGGCCAGUGGGCAGGUGCUCCUCGACUGCCUCAACAACUGGAAGAGCGGGCUGGCCAACCUGUCAUUGCUCAUCUCAGAAAUGAGGUCUGCAUUUCAAAAGGAAACGCCCCUCUUUGCCAUGCACCCAAUCAGAGUUCAGAUGCUACCUACUGCAGCACACUCCAGUGCAUAUGCAGAGUCUUCAGACCCUGGCAGCUGGCCUCAACCAAGCAGCUCUACCCCGAGAGCCAGGCGCUCCUCAAUGUCCCCCACGCCACUACCUAGAGCAAUAGUUCCGCCCAAGAGUUUAAAGUCCAGCCAAUCGGGGCCUCUCAGAGAGUCUGCGACUGGUGUGAGGCGGUCCUACACAGAGGAGCUACUGGAUAUGGGGAUAAACUUUGGAGUGCCAGGUGGAGUCCAGUUUCCAUUCUCCUCCACCAACCCCUUCAUCACUACUGCCUCUGCGCCAAAUAACACUCCUGUUAGUUCUGAGGACAUGAACAACCUAUUCAAGAGCCUACAGCUGGAAAAUGUUGUCAAUGUGUACCAGCUUGGUACUAAAGAAAGAGGACAGAUGCAAGGCGAUGGAGGGGAUCGAGGUGGUGGUGACUACCCCCCAAUCCCCACUGCAGUCACGCCCCUAGUGGACAACCAGCAUCGUAUCCUGGUGAGCCAGCUGCCACCGGACCAGUCCCCCAGCCGUGUGAAGAACAAGCUCACCCUCUACUUCCAGCGCAGGAGCAACGGUGGGGGAGAGGUGCUGGAUGUGACCUACCCUUACCCCCCGACCCAGCACGACCAGGCCCUGGUCAGCUUCCGCAGUCCCAGAGAUGCAGAGCAGGUGCUCUUACAGGCAGACCGAAUCUUUACUGUGAAUGAGCGGCCUUUCCGUAUACAGCUCAAGAGGGUCAACAGUGCUCAGAUUACGGUGCCGCCCGGCGUCUCCGGCGACAAGGCGGCCAUCUUCCAUAGCCUGCUGUCACUUGAGGGGCGGAGCUUCAGCCAGGCCGACGUGGAGGAGGCGGUACAGUCGUGCCGGGACCUUCCCUCGGCCCUCAAGUACCUGUCCCAUGAAUGCCCCAUCUGCCGCGAGCAGGUGUCCUUCAGCAAGAUCAUCACUAUGACCCAUUGCCUGUGUGCCUUCUGCGAGAGCUGCUUCAAGGCCUACUUCUCCCAGGCCAUCAAGGAGAAGAGCAUUGUCCAUGUGGUGUGUCCCAUGUGUGGCCAGCCCGAUGUGCGUCAGAGCCAGGGAGGCGUGGAGGAGGCCUUGGACUACUUCAGCCUUCUGGACACACAGAUCAGGCACUACCUAGAUCCUCAGAUCCACGAGUUGUUCCAGAGGAAGCUGAGAGACCGAGCCUUGCAGGAGAUGCCUAACUUCCGCUGGUGUGCCCACUGCUCCUUUGGCCUUCUACACGAGGCUGACCAGCUGAGAAUGGACUGUCCUAGUUGUAGGAAGAGCACCUGCUCCCAAUGCAAGACUGCAUGGGCUCCACAACACCAGGGUCUUUCCUGUGAGAAGUUCAGAGAGUGGCAACUCCACAAUAACCCAGAGUACCAGACCGCAAAACUGGAGAAUCUCCUCAGCAGGAAUAAAAUAGAAUGUCCAAAAUGCAAGUUUGUGUUCUACCUUUCCAAGGGAGGCUGUCUCCAUUUCAAAUGCACCCAAUGCCAGCACGAGUUCUGUGGCGGCUGUAAUAGGCCCUUCAAAUUAGGCGUGGGGUGUGACUUCUCAGCUGAGUGUGGGUCCAAGGGGUUACACGCCCACCACCCCAGGGACUGCCUGUACCACCUAAGGGACUGGAACGUGCCCAGACUACACAGGCUGCUUCAGCUUUACGGAGUGUCCCUCGCUGGCAUGGUCAAAUCCAAAGUGGGCUCUACAGGAACAAACUCACAAGGUGUGUGUGCAGUACUGGAGCACAGAGAGAUGGGUGGAGACGGGCCUUGUGGUCUACCAACUCUCCCAGAGUACAGUGGCUACUGCAUCUUACACUAUAAAGAGUGUCUAGUGGAGCUGAUUAACCGGAGUCAUGCGGAUCCAGCCGUUCUGUUCGAUGUGGCCGAGAUGUUGGCCGAGUUACAGCGGUGGCACAUUCCUGUUCCACAGAAGAACCUUCAGGAUCCUGAGGCACUCUAUGUACAGCACCUUAGACAGACCCUGACUAGGAAGGUUAGCCUGAGGGACAACAAGCUACCCCCUGUGAAGGUGAAAGAUGACCUUUGCCCCCUACCCUCAUCGAGCGCUGCGGGACCACGCUGGUCUUCUGCUCAGAGAAACACACCAACCCGCUUCCAUGACGACUCCCAAUUGCUGCUCUUGCUCAACGACUAAGGCCAUGUAAAAUACUUGGCCUCACCUGGGCUGGGUUCCUUAGGGCACAUGAUGGCAAAUGCUUUUACAUGUUUUGCAACAGAGAAAAAAAAAUGUUUCUUAAUGGAUAAGGCCAGGUUCCUUGCGUCAGUCCGUUUUCUUCCGUUUGGUGCCUAGUGAAUACUACCCAGGCUUGUGUUAAGUAGGGAGAAAAUAUUUUUAAAUUAAGUGAAACUGGGGAAGGGACUACCCGGUCUUGUCCAAUGAGAGAAACACUUUUGUUUUCCGUUGCAAUUUUUGAUCCAGGGGUAAUAUUUAACUUCAACCCUCUGUCAUAAUGGCUAUGUAACACUGGCCUAAUAAUGACAUAGAAAUAGCACCAUAAACCGUCCAUAGAAGGCAAGGUAAAUUGGUCCUUUGAGGAGCUGUGUUGCACACUGCUGCUCUAGAUCUAGCUAUGCUGUGGCCAGGAUUCAAUCAAAAGUGCAUUGAGAUCACGGUAAACGCAGUGGAUGUCAACUCGAGCGUAAAGUGCAGUGCACUUUUGAUUUGAAAUAACUACCGGAUCUGGUACAUUAAGAUUUUGUUUGUUUUCAUGUUAUUUUAAUUUGUUUGACGUUUAUUCUUAAUAAACAUGUAGAUAUAAAAAUAUAUAAACGCAA